CCCCCAUCUCCCCUUCGUACCCGUCUCCUCCCCUUUUCCUGUCCUCGUCAAACAAUAUGGCCGCUGCUGGUCCCUCUGACCCUCGUAAACGAAAGUCGCGCAAUGCGAAGGACAAACCCGAGCCUGCUAAGGCGCGCAAGGAAACAGAGAAGCAGAUGAUCGCGAACCUCGACAGGCAGGCGAUGGAAUAUGACCCUCCAGAUGACUUGAAAUUGUUCUCGGACUUGCCUAUCUCACAAGCGACGAAACGAGGACUGAAGAAGGCAGCAUUUAUCAACAUGACCGAUGUACAAGCCAAGAGUCUUCCUGUAUCUCUGAAGGGGAAGGACGUGUUGGGCGCUGCACGGACAGGAAGCGGGAAAACGCUAGCGUUCCUCAUACCUGUGCUAGAGAUUUUGUAUCGGCGAAAAUGGGGUCCCGCAGAUGGUCUGGGAGCGCUCAUCAUCUCACCCACGCGUGAACUGGCGGUCCAGAUAUUCGAAGUCCUCCGUUCCAUAGGCCCCUUCCACUCCUUCUCUGCCGGUCUCGUCAUCGGAGGGAAGAACCUCAAGGACGAGCGUGACCGACUGGUGCGCAUGAACAUCCUCGUCGCGACUCCCGGCCGCUUGCUUCAGCACAUGGACCAAACCUACGGCUUCGAGUGCGACAAUCUCCAGGUCCUCGUCCUCGAUGAAGCCGAUCGCAUCCUCGACAUGGGAUUUGCGAAGACCCUCUCCGCGCUCCUCGGGCAUCUCCCCAAAUCUCGGCAAACCCUCCUCUUCUCCGCUACCCAGACCGACUCCGUCUCCGACCUCGCACGCCUCAGUCUCACCGACCCCGCCUUCAUCGCCACUAAGGAGGCCGAGGAGUCCCACACCGCCACGACGCCCAAGAACCUCGAGCAGCACUAUGCCAUUUGCACUCUCGACCAGAAGCUCGACCUGCUGUGGUCCUUUAUCAAGACGCACCUCCAGAGCAAGACCCUCGUCUUCCUCUCCAGCUGCAAGCAGGUCCGCUUCGUCUACGAGACCUUCUGCAAGAUGCAGCCCGGCGUCUCGCUGCUGCACCUGCACGGGAAGCAGAAGCAGAUGACGCGGCUGGCGAUGUACGACCGGUUCACGAAGAUGUCGCACGUCGUGCUGUUUGCAACGGAUAUCGCCGCCCGAGGGCUCGACUUUCCCGCGGUGGACUGGGUGCUGCAGCUGGACGCUCCGGAGGAUGUGGAGACGUACAUCCAUCGCGUAGGGAGGACAGCGCGGUACGAGAGCAAGGGGAAGGGUCUGCUGUUUCUGAUGCCGAGCGAGGAGGAGGGUAUGUUGGCUGCUUUUGCGAAGCGGGAUAUCGACAUCAAGAAGAUCAAGAUCCGCCCCAGCAAGACGCAGAAUAUUGAGAACCAGCUACAGAAGCUCGCAUUCCAGGAGCCGGAAAUAAAGUAUCUCGGCCAGAGGGCAUUUGUGUCGUAUCUGCGUUCCGUUUAUUUGCACAAGGACAAGUCCAUAUUCAAGGUCGACCAGUUGCCUGUGGACCGCUAUGCAGAGUCCUUGGGCCUUCCGGGAACGCCGAAGAUCAAGUUCCUUAGCAAAGAGCUGGCGAAGCAGAAGAAGAACGCAUCGCGUGCGGUCGCGGCGGCGAAAUCGUCGGCUGAAGCUAACUCAUCCGAAGAGGACAGCGACGCAGAAGACGCCGAUGUGCACUCAUCGAGUGACGAAGAGGCUGAGGACGAGGCGGAGUCUUCGUCUAAGCCUAAACGCAAGCCUGGAGAAGUGCGCACCAAAUACGACCGCAUGUUCGAGCGCAAGAACCAGGACAUCCUCUCAUCGCACUACUCGAAGAUGGUUGAGCGCGACGACGACGGCUCAGGCUCUGAAGACGACUUCAUCACCCUCGCCCGCGCCGACCACGACCUACCCGACCCCGACGACAGCCUGCCCAAGACCUUCGCGCAAGCAAAGCAGGAGAACCUCUCCGCAAAGAAAAAGGCGAAGAUGAGCCGCACCGGGCGCGCGGUCGUCGAGAACGGCCUUGGCCGCAAGCUCGUGUUUGACGACGAGGGCCGCGAGCACGAGCUAUACGAGCUAGCGAACGGCGAGGAGUGGUUCAAGGAGAAGGGCGGGCUGGAGGGCGCGAUCCGGGAAGGCGCGAAGUUCGCGGAGGGCGAAAGGGAGCGGAUGCAGAAGACGGAUGUGGUGGAUCGAGAGGAGGCGAAGGAGAAGAAGAGGGAAAGGAAGAGGAAGAGGAAGGAACGCGAGCGGGAGAUGAUGGCGGCGGAGGGGUUGGCGGUAGUGGCGCCGGCGGAGGAUGCGGGGUACGUGUCGCCGGACUUCGAUCUGCCUAGCGGGGAUGAAGACGAAGGCGAGGUCGCGCCGCCGCCGCCGCCUGCAAAACGACGAAAGGCAGUCGCGGAACGUGACGAGUUGGAGGAUGAUGAGGCGUUGGCGCUGCAGUUAUUGCGGAGUCGCAGGUAGCGCUAGGAGUGCUGCGCGCAGAAUUCAUGUCUUAUUCUUACUUACACUGUGUACGCCACGACGGUUGCUAUGCUACGUUAUCGCACGCCUGCGAUGGGUCGGCGCCUGCAGUACCGUGACCUCUGUGCUUCUAUGGUUCUAACCGACCUUCCCAC